AUGCUCUGCAACUUGACUCAUAAAUCUUUAUGUGCCAGAAAAUUUGCCGUUGAUGAGUAUCAUGACAGUGAUGAAGAUUCAAAGAAAAGCAGAAUGCAAGAACUGAGCCAUGCUAGCAGCACUUGUAGAGGAAGAGGGCGUGGCCGAGGGAGAGGUCGUGGAAGGGAAAGGCCUCCUUUAGAAAGAGAGCCAUCCUCUCACCAUGAGAUGGAAGCUGAACCAUCAUCAUCCUUCGAGCCUAGCAAUAAGCCUAACUUUAUUCAAGUACCCAAUGUAGACGAUGAUCCUAAUAAGAUCGAUCCAAUGAAGGAAAGUCCAUUCGUAGGUGAUGGUGAGGACAUGACAGUCCGGAAUUUCGAUUUGAAUGCUGUUGUAACCGAAAACACAGAGACGGGACCACCUUCUGUAGCAAUAGCUGAAAAUGCUACAGCACCGGUCGAUCCCCCUCCGGAAAGCAAGAAUGAGGAAUUGGUCUCCGAAGUCGAUGGAAUGGCCAUUGAUCCACAUCAUAUAGGGCAAUUUAACUCGAGAAUAGAAGAUGAGGACUACGAUGAAGAGUUUUCUGAUUUAGGACUUGUGGCUUACAUUGUUUACCUUCACCUUUACUUCCAGAGUGAUUAA